GUGUCUGUUUGGCAAGUGAACGACCCAGUCAAUUGAAAGAGACAAAAGAGGACAAUGAAAAGUUCGGAGCUCCGGGCCCUAAAUGGACACCAAGGGGACCUAGACUAACACGAGCAGAACGAAGAUUGAGACAAAGGCAGGGUGAACAUCCGACACAUCAAGCAGGGCCACCCCCACAUCAUGGUGGACCAUUCCCACCCCCACAUCACGGAGGACCAUUCCCACCCCCACAUCAUGGAGGACCAUUCCCACCCCCGCAUGUUGAGGGCCCAUACCCACCCCCACAUUUUGAGGGCCCGUUUCCUCUCCCACAUCCUGGAGGUCCAUAUCCUCCCCCACAUUUUGAAGGCCCAUUUCCUCCCCCACAUUUCGGGGGCCCGUUUCCUCCACAUCCCAGAGGGCCAGGUCCGGACCCAUUCUUUGGAAGAAGACUUGGAGGACCACCAGGACCUUUUGGUCCUGGCCCAGGUGACUUCAGACCCAUGGACCCAUUUUUUGAAGAUUCUUACAGGCCAAGGUUCCCUGAACCUUGGAUGGGUGACGGGCCAGUCAGGCCAGGUGCAUUUGACGUACCUUAUAGGGAGCCUCCCAAAGUAAAUCACCCAGCAGAAUGUGAAAUAUAUGUCUCGAAUGCAGCGUUGAGGCCCUAUGGAGAAUACGUGCAAGAACGGAUCAAGAAUUUCAGUAUAGUUACCUCGGUGACUGUCAAACCAGCAAGUCUUGCACCACUGCAGCUGUUGGACGAACUCAAGGGUCAAAAGGUCCUGUUUGUUAUUUUCAUCGCCACUGAGAAUAAAGUUCACAAAUCAGUGACGCUGAAUAUUUUACAUGGAUUUCCUGAAGAACACAGGAACAUGCCGUUAGACGAUGCAGUCAGCUACAUUCUCACCAGCUUCCGCAAUUAUGUCACCACCUUGAAAGAGAAAGCAAGCAUUGCGGCUGAUCGCCAACCAUCUCCCGAUAGAGCUUCGGAUACUUUCCUACCAGCAUCCCCGGAUGUUUCUUAUCUGAUCAAGCUGUUAGCGGAUAACCGGAAUCUGACUGUUGAAGAGCUGAAUACGAUCAUUCAGUACCUUGAAAAGCGGCGCGACAAGUUGAUUGAUCCGAGGAGUCAGUCGUUGACUAGUAAAGAAGGUUACCGCAAGUCCCCACAGAGCUAUCGCAGGUCUCCAGCAAUGGAUUUAGAGGAAGUGUCCCAGUCCCCCAAAGCAGAAGCCACUGGAGCCUCUGAAGCACCUUCAUUGUUAACUGAAGAUCUCAAGAGCAAGAUUCUCAACAUCCUCAACAGUAUGCGCAAUACUCAGAGCAAACCAGCUGCAGAUGUAGAGCAGCCACAGCCCAUGUUUCCUGCAGCUGUUUCCACCACUGCUUCUCAGGCACCAGUUUCUCCCCCGCCGCCUCUGCCAUCAUCUCUUCCAUUGCAUCCUGCAAAUGAAUUCAACAACUCGGGCGCGCAAGAUUCUACAAAUGUCUGCCAGAACUCAUCAGGUUUUGUGAACAACGCAAAUUCUGGGUUUGUCGACAGUGUGCAAGGAAGCAGUUCAACGUCUGCAGCGCUGGGUGCUUCAAAUUUUCCUUCCAGCUUUGCAACUGGAAAUGAAGAUGGCUACCAGCAGGGAGCGUGGCAGGGUGGUGGGUACGACCAGAAUACGUACAACCAAGGUGCCUACGACCAGAGUACGUACAACCAAGGUGCCUACGACCAGAGUACGUACAACCAAGGUGCCUACGACCAGGGUACGUACGACCAAGGUGCCUGGAUGCAGGGAGCAGAACAGAACUGGGGCAUGCAGCCAGAGAUGGGGCAGACUGCAACAGGAACUACCGGGGCGCCCUUCCAAGAGGCUUAUAACUAUCCUGGCAGAAACAACCAGAUGGGACAAAUGAGAAAUAAUUAUGGGCAACCCAGAUAUUAA